AUGGCCGCAACGUCUCCGAGCUUCCGCUUGGUGAGUGGCAAGGCGUUGCCGGUCUCUGAGCGUGUGGCCCGCGUGGGCGAAGCACGGCUGCAGCUGGCCCGAGUCUUGCAGGUGGCGCCCGGGCGUCUCCAAUUGCUGGGCCCAAACUUGUUGGAUGAUGCAACUCCGAUUGCUGAGCUGCAGGUGGACGUCCAGGUCUGGAUCCUGCCGGACCUGGCUGAAAAUCGGCUCGCCAAGCUGGCCGGGGUGGAGAAAUUCGAUGACCUUCAGGAGAUUUCCGAACUUCAGAUUUCGUCAAAGAGCCUGAAGACCUUGCCAGAGCGCUUUGGCAUUGUGUGCCAGUCUUUGCAACGCUUGCGGAUCUUUGGCGCCGGUUUGCGAUCUCUGCCAGAAAGCUUCUGCAAGAUGACUGCUUUGAAGCAGUUGGCAAUUCUUCACUGCAAUUUGCCAACUCUUCCGCAGUCCUUUGUGGAGCUGCCCAGCUUGGAGGAACUUACCAUUGUGGGAAGCCGAUUGGAAAGCCUGCCCGAGGAAAUUGGAAAGAUGACUUCUUUGAGGUUGUUGCACCUGCCAGAAAACAGCUUGAAGUUUGUUCCCGAAGGCCUUGCGAUGCUGCGGCAGCUGCGACAGCUGGAGCUCGACAGAAACCAAGUUCUGCAGCUGCACGCUUCGGUGCUGGAUUGCCCGGAGCUGACUGUGCUGGGGCUUUCAAAGAACAUGCUCAGAAACUUUCCGGCUGCGCAGACUUCCAACCUGCAAGUGCUGCACCUGGAGGGCAAUCGCUUGUCGAGCCUGAGCUUGGCGGGAAUGCCGUAUCUUCAGGAGGCCUAUCUUGAUGCAAACCCGUUGCGGCCAUCCCUAUCGGAUUGCUGCAGUGACCUUGGCUCGCUGCGGCAUUUACAGGCGGUGGGGUGCCUGCUCGAGACCUUGCCGUCGAGUUUUCCGAGGCUUCGGAGCCUGGAGAUCCUGGACAUCUCCCGGAACAAGCUGAGGACGCUGCCUGAUGACUGGGGGCAGCUACGGUCCUUGAAGAGGCUUGUGGCGAGCGGCAAUCGUCUGCAGCACUUGCCAGAAAGCUUUGGUGAUCUGAGCUCCCUGCAGGCAUGCCACCUGAAUGCGAAUGAGCUGACCCAACUGCCUGAGUCCUUUGGCCGGUUGCGAGCGCUGGAGGAACUCUGCUUGGCAGAGAACUGCCUCACUUCGCUUCCCAGCUCCUUCACGCAACUUGCUGCGCUUCGUUCGGCUGUGCUGACGCGCAACCGCUUGGUCUCCGUGCAAGCAGCGCUUCGGCAGCUGCCAAGCCUGCAAAAUCUCGAGCUGCAGGGAAAUCCUUUGGAGGGAGACGCACCUGAGAAGAAAAAGGAGGCCUUGUUGUGCGCCAAUGAAAUCUGGUACCGCCUCCUGCACUUUGGGCAGUAUGGCGGCUACCUGUCGGGGGCCCUCCUCUUCCAUUCGCUGGUGCCAAACAUCCGGAGCCUUUGCCAGACGGCGGCCAAGAAGGCUCUGGAGGCUGAGGGUGUCCACGUCAUGGACGGCUUCAGCCAGACGGUCACGCGCUUCCUCUUCCAGCCUGCCAAGGGUUACGGGGAGGACGGUGAGGUCAUUGUAGUGGAGACCAUGCUGACGGACGGCAGCCGUGAGUCCAAGAGCAACUUCAAGAAGAACAAGGGCAUCUUUGGCUUCACGCACGCGCAAGACCUCGAUGAAGGUGUGGAGCCAAAGGAGGCGUGCAGCUUCCUCCGCGACGAUGGCACUGCUGCUGUGGUGCGGAUGUGGUGCGUGAAUGUGCCAGGUCUGGAGAAGGCCUUUGACAUGGUGGAAGUCAAAGCUGUGGGUGACCUGCAAGCUUUCAGCGAGCAGGUGGCCUAUAAUGAUUUCCAUCAAGCCCUCAGCAACUUACUGGGACCUGAGCGCGUCCAGCAGGGCAGUAUCUGGAAGUGCACACAGCGCAAGGCGGUGGUGAACGAAUUCCUUGCAGUGGAGGGCCACCCUGUUGAGCUGGCAGCGGUGCUGAGACGGCUCCCGCUGAUCACUCGGCACUACUUCCGCCUUAGCGUGAGCGAGGAAGGUGGCAAGGUGGCUUUUCAUGCCAACCUCGGUUUUGGCCAGAAAUCCCUGGACGUCUUCCCGGGAAGCAACCGAUGCGUGCUGUAUCUACGCCAGGGCAGCCAGAUCCAUGCCAUGACCCAAGGCUUGCCCGAGUUCGUUCUGGACCGCCGGAUGAGCUCACCUUCAGACGAGCCUGCGCCCGUCAUCGAGACAUCUUCCUGCUCUGGCUUUGGGCAGCUGGUCCUGAAGAAGCAGCUGGGGGGCUCCGUGUACGAGAUGGUGCCGGUAGGUGUGAGGGGUGUGAGGGGUGUGAGGGGUCAGGCCUGCGCAGUGAAGUUGACCAGCCUGCGGAUCAAUGAAAGCGGUGUGGAGCGUGAGAAGCAGAUCCUGCAGCGUCUCGGGCAUGGCUUCUUGCAGGUCCAGGACUGCUUCGCGGUGCUCCCCAAAUGGUACGGUGCCGACAUGGAGCGUGUCUUCGGCAAGAAGGGUGUCGUCAUGGAGUUGAUCGACAAGAGCCUCCAAGAUCUUCUGGGAGAGGGUGCGCCCUUGGACGUUUCAUGGCUCUUGGAGUGCCGGCCGCUGAUCUUCCAGAUGGCCAAAGCGGUUCAGUACAUGCACAGCCAGGGAGUGUUGCACGGGAACCUCAAGCCCGGCAAUGUUCUUCUGCGAACGGCCACCAGUGGCUUCGACAUCGUGAUCUCAGACUUCAGUUGCGCAGUUGAGGCCAUGGAAGAAGGGCGGCUGCUUUCUCGGCCGCGGGGGGCUGCCGCCUACCAGGCCCCACAGAUGCGUGCACAGCCCCCAGAACCUUACAGCCUCAAGGCAGAUGUCUACUCCUUGGGCCGAACCUUCCAAGCCUUGCUCCAGCGCAUGGAGGUCGAGGCGAAGGAGGCAAGGCCCGACGCGGGAUUUUCUCUCUGGCCGCUCGAAGUCCGCGAGAUGUUGUUGGAGAUGCACGCACCAUCUGAGGCCAAUCGGCCCGACAUGGAGAUGCUCCUGACACAGACUUUCUUUGGGGACUUCCUUUGGGGCUCCUGUCGGUUCAAUGCGAUGAAGGACCAGAGUGUUCUCAAGGUGUCGUGCCGUGUGUUGCGUGCCCCCAUCCUGACCUUCCAGGGCCCCGGAUGCGGUGCCCGCCAUCUAGCACCCUUCGUGGAGAGGGACGAUGACGUUUUCGGAGUCAAAGGCUUAGACAAACUCCGCUGUUGGCUGCACUUUGGCUCGGGUGCAGGCAUACCAGCCAGUCAUGGAUGGCACUUCCACUUGCUGUCUGCGCAGUUCGCGCAGGAGAGGACGGAGGCGGAUGGCGAGAAGACGGCCGGCUCCUUCACCGGAAGCUUCUGCACGAUUGGGUCGGUGAUCAUGCGAAGGGCUGCCACUGCAGAGUCUAUGGCAACCCUGAUGGCUAGAGCAUGUCCCGGACUGGCUGCCGUGGCCGAGGUGCGGGAAAGCAGAGCCGGCGAUGGACUUGGACUUUUUGCCACCACGUCGUUCAGCGAGGGCGACACAAUAUGUGAACUCCGCUUAAACAACACGGCAAUUAUGCAACCAGACAAGGCCUUGUCUGACAAGCUCGAAGGAGGAGACUUUGCAGCGCUGGCCUUCCAGGUGCUCAAGGCCUCUCGCUCCGAGGAGCCAAGUGCGUGGAAGGACUGGUACGAGACCGGCGUCAGUGCUCCGGAAACACACCCGUUGAAGCUGCUGCUGACCGAUCCGCAGCUGGCGAAGUAUCUUUGGAGCUGCACAACCUGCGGCGGCCAGAUGUCCGGCAUGGCCUUUCAGGUUAGGGAUGACAUGAAGCAGCUUCAAGGGAGCGCCACCAUUGAGGAGUGGACGGAUACCUUGGCUUUGACCAUGUCUAGAUCUAUCUGCGAGGAUCGCGAUGGAAGGCCUCUGCUGGUCGCCGGCGUCGAUCUUCUACAGGCAGCAGAGGAGUCGGUGGUGGAGUUGAAGCCUUACUAUGCCAAGGAGGGCGCAGUGAUGGGCCUCGGCGGCUCCGGCCCAGAGCGCUUCAUGGGCAUCAACCUGGUGGCCAUCGAGGACAUUGAGGCUGGAAUGGAGCUCACCGCCGCCUACCUGCCCACGCCCCAUGCCGGUGGCUACCUGGAGCAGUAUGGCUUCGUGCCACAGUGGCUGCAGGGGGAGCUGUCCGAGUCCGCCGCGCGCAUGUCAUUCGUGCCGGUGGAUGAAGAUGAGGACGAUUUUGCAGGCGUGAAGGAGAGCUGCCUCGAGGACGUUGGCCUGUCCACGGCGCCAAUGUCGUUUGUCUUCAGCCUGAACGAUGGAAUUCUGUCGCCACGCGAGUCAGACGAAUGGGAGGAGAAGUCCGAACUGGAGAAGAUGGUCCACGUGCUCCGCUUCUACUGCUGCGGUGGCACUGAUUCGUUUCUCCUGGAUGCUGUCUAUGUUGAACGGUUCUGGUACAACUGCAACUUCCGCCUCUCCCGCAACAACGAGAUCGCGGUUUGCCAAACCGCCAUCGCCGAGUGCGAUCGCUGGUUGAAGCGGUUCGAGGAGGCGGAGGUGUCUCGGGGCAUCAAGAAACCACGCAACGCUGCAGCAUUUGCAAUCUUCGGGGCGUGUGUUGCCCGUGCAGUUUGGCAUCAGGUGCAAGAACGUCGCAGAACAGUAGACCUCAUAGCAGCCUUCGAUGUUGGACAUGAUCAGCACCUUUCAUCGAAGGAACUGGCCUCGCUUCUGCAAGCGAACGGAGUGGACGUCGGCCAGGAUCAAGUCGUGAAGCUAUUUGGCCGAGUGGACAACGAGGGCGACGGCUUUGACGAUGUGGAGUUGUCCCAUAUACUUCGCAUAGUUUCUGGUUUGCCCGAAGUGUCCCAAAGGAUUCAUGAAGCGGCUUCAUCUGGUUACAGCUGGCUGCUAGACUUUUUUCUCUGCGCGGUUGCCGGCAUUGGUUUGUACUACAUGGUCGGUCAGUCGAACGCCAUGGAGAAGCGUUGGCUGCAAAGCUCCUUCAGGGGUGCCAUCCAAUUCCACCGCAUGGAAAGCAAAUGCCAAAAGCUGGAUAGCAAGCUGUCCGUGCUAUCAGACGAGCGUCGGAAACUGGAGGACAGCCUAACUGAACUGGGGACUGCAAGUGAAAGGAACGAGGAGCGCGCGCGCCUCUCCUCUCGCCUGGAGUUGGUGGUGGAGCAGCAGAAAACCACCACUGACCAGCUGCAGUCGGAAGUGCAUUCGUGGCAGGAAGCUGCCAAGGAGGCCAUGAAGCAGGCCAGCAAUGUCAAGUCCAAAAUGGCAAGCAUGAUGAACUGUAUCAAAGGUCUUGAUGCUUUCAGUGGGUCCGGGAGGAUGCGCUUUGACAAGGAUGGUGCGCAACAAGGCUUCUGCCACGUGUCCAAUGUGGGUUUCAGCCUCGAUACCAUCACGUUUGGGACCAUCGAGAAUGGCAAGCUCCUCCUCUUUGAAACGUCCAAAAACCAGAAGAUUGGAGAAGGACGUGACAGUGCGUACCGAUGCAAGGAGCUGGAGACCGGAGAGCAGUUCGCCCUGAAGAUGUACACCAUGGGAAAUCCAAGGCAGAGGCGCGCAAUCCUGCACGACCUCUACGCGCACCGCCUGCAAGUCGGGAAGCAUCCCAGAAUUGUGAGCUACGAGCGCGUGAUUGAGUCGGAGACGACAAUAUUUGUGCUCAUGGAGCUCCUCGCAGGCAAAGAUCUCUUCGACAUCCUGUGCGCUCGAAGGCUGACGGAGGAUGAAGCACGACCACUUUUUCGAGAGCUUGUGGAAGGGCUGCAGCACUUGCACAGCCACGACAUCAUCCACUGUGAUGUGAAGCCAGAGAAUGCCAUGGUUCUGGGCAGCAUCGAUGACGAAAGCGCUCACUUGAAGCUGAUUGAUUUCGGCUGUUCCUGCUUCCGGGAGUUUGUGCACGAAGAAUCCGAGACACGGGCGUGCAUAGUGCAAGACCGUUACAUGCCUCCGGAGCUUGGCGCUGCCAGAAAUGUUGUACCAAGCUUCGGUACAGAUAUGUGGCGGUUGGGCUGUACGCUCUACUUGAUGCUGAUGCAGUGCCCACCCUUCCACGAUGACUCUCAGACGCCGGCGGGCAUCCAGGCUCGUCAGCAAGGUCGCUUCUAUAAAUCCGAGACGUUUGCAGGGCUUUCAAGCGAAGCGAAGGAUCUCAUCACGAGCUUGUUGGCUGGAGACGCGACCAAAAGACCGGACACCACGGCUGUUCUUGAGCAUGCUUGGUUAACGAAGACAACGAAGACCGACUGA